AUGCUGCUACUGCUGCAGGCCUCAUUUUCCUUCGUCCUGGUCUCCGUUUUCGCAGGUCGCCCGCAAACCGAAGUCUGCGACAGCUACGAAGGUCCUGAAAAGCAGCGAAGCCUUCUGCAAGUACACCGAGAGCGAUCGCAGGAGGGCGUGGCACACGGACCACGAAUACAUCUGGGAGGGCUAGGACAUCUCGGCGGCCACUGGACGAGGCCUGAGGAGGUGCAAAGCGAUGACGAGUCGCUCUGCGAAAAGGACAUCUUUGCACGGCCCGAGCUGUGCCCCAAGGUCUGCCCGUAUGCUGCAGAAAUGAGCGAUAAGUUCUGCCAUUUUCGGUGCGUAAAGAAGGAGGAGUGCGGCCUCCUUGGAACCGUGGAGAACGCUACGAUUCCGGAUGACAGGUUGAUGCUUUGUCGCCACUGUGCCGUCGAAGGCUGUGCCCGCUGUGUUCCCGGGAGCCCAGGGCAGAGCGGCGAAAAGCUGGAGAACUGCCAGCAGUGCAUGCCCGGCUAUGGGCUGACUGCGGACGGUGAGUGCGAGAUGCAUGGCUUAGCAAUCUUCAUCGGUGCUGCUGUGGUGCUGGUGAUCGCAACUAUCCUUGUUGUGAUCUGGUACUGCUUGAUCGCUUCGAAACCGUGCGUCAAUCCGGAGGGGGUCCAGUAUGGUAUGGACUGCAGGGAGCGGAUGCGGCUCACGCAGCCGAGGUCCACGGAGCCGUACCCGCUCUCGACCAACUUGCUUCGUGAAAAUGUAGCUGGUCCUGGCACCAUGGCUUUGUUCCGCUACCAGUUCGCCCUGCUAGUUUGGGCGAGUGGCUUGUUACUGGCUUGGCUGGGCUUCGUGCUCUUCGUCAGCUCCGAUUUGCUUAUACUUGGCAGCAGGGAAGCAGAAAGCCCGCAGAUGCUGUGCGCAGUCAUUGCAUGGGGCCAUGCGCGCCAGAUGGAGCUCGUUUGGACAAAGGUGUCCUGGCUGGUGUUUGCGUACCUUUUCUCCUUUGGCGGGGCCGUGUUCUAUGGCAUUCAGCAAACCAAGCUCUUCAAGAGUGUUCACACCGAGCAUGCCACCAUGCAGAGCUUUGCUGCCAAGCUGGAAGGUUUCGCGCCCAUGACCGGUCAAGAGAAGGCCGAGGAGAAGCUAAAGGAGGCGAUCACAGCUGCCAUUGGGAGCGAGCCCGUGGCUGUCUCCGUGGCCUGGGACUUUACCUCAAAGAGACACCUCGUGGAGGCAGUCCUCGACCAGGAAGUUAGCGAAGCAGGACACACUGAUCACCCCGAGAGCCCUCCGGAGACCGAGCCGAUCGCAGCUGGUGCUCUCAACAAGGCAGAGGAGUGGGCCACAGACAUCGUGCUUAACGCUUGGCACGUACAUCUCGAAGAGCACGCUGUGAAUACAUCGGAGAUCAAGUCCAUGUUGGAUGAGAUGCAGCUGGCCGAGCCAUGCCGAGCGAGAGGGAGAGAAAGAGAGAAAGGGACGGAGGCU